AUGAGCAUGGAUGUGGACUGCGAUAUUUCUGCUGCUGCUGCUGCAGCACCGCCUGCUUCUGCAUCGGCUGCAGCAACAGCAGCAGCAGCAGGCACCAGCAGCAACAGCAGCAGCAGCAGCGAGUUGCUGCAGCUUCCAGCAGCGCAGGUGCAGCGCAUCGUAAAGCAGCAACUUGCUGCUGCUGGUGUUAGAGGUGAAAGAAAAUCUAUUGCUGCUCUCGGGCGCUGUGCUGCUUUGUUUCUGCUGUAUCUUUCCGAUGCAGCAGCAGCAGCAGCAGCAGCAGCAAAACGGCGGACCAUUGGUGCUAACGAUGUGCUGGGGGCCCUCAAGCUUCUAGGCUUCCCGGAGGUAGCUGAAGAGGUGCAGCAGCAGCAGCAGCAGCAACAGCAGCAGCGGCAGGAGAAGCAGCAGGAUGAAGUCAUCGACGUGGAGGAAGGAGAGGAGCCAGCAGCAGCAGCAGCAGCAACAGUAUCAGCAGCAGCAGCAGCAGAUAGCUGCUCCGAAAUAGCUGCACAUACAUUUGAUGUCGAUGUGGAUCGUUUGGAUUGCGUUGCUGCUGCUGCUGCUGCUGUUGCUGCUGCUGCACCUGGCCCAGGUGCAGCCCCAGCAGGGCUGUUCCCUCCAGCAGCAGCACCAGAAGCAGAAGUAGAAGCAGCAGCAGUAGCAGCAGAGGGAGGCAGCAGCAGCAGCAGCGACGCUGCGCUGCAUGCAAAUACACUCGCUGAGUUAAUUGACGAGAGCUUGGCCGGGGUUCAGCAGUAUUCAGGGACAGCGGCAGGCGUGGUGUUCCCUAUCUUCUAUUUGCUGUCGUCUCCCCGCUCCCUUCGUUUUAGUAGAGUUGUCUGUACACCCCACUGGUCUCGCUCAGACUGCUGCCGACAGCCUGCCAUGCUGCUGCAUCCGCUGCUGCUGCGGCAGCUGCUGCAGCUGCUGCUGCUGCAACAGCUUUUCCCCGCAGCAGCAGCAGCAGCAACAACAGCAUUAGCAACAGCAGCAGCAGCAACAGCGCUGGCCCCGCUGGGGGGGCUGCAGCACCUCGAUGUGGUACACCAGCUGCAGCUGCAGCACCAGCAGCAGCUGCUGCAGUUGCAGCACCAGCAACGGGAAGGAGAGCAGCAACAGCAGCAAGAAGAACAGCCGCAGAAGCAGCAGCAUCAGCAGCACGGCCUACAGCAGCAGCAGCUGCGUUUGCUGCAGCAGCAGCUAGAUCUGCAAAAUACUGUCUCCUCCUCUCCCGGGCCUCAUGAGCGCCGUUUGCAGGGUCUAGACAGCUGGAUAUGGCCUCAGCAGCAGCAGCAGCAGCAGCAGCAGCAGCAGAAUGCGUCUCCUCCUUGGCUGCAGACGCUGUCUCCUCCUUUGUGGGGACCCCCAUCUGCUGCAGCUGCUGCACCCUUCUCCUCUCAACCAGUUGCUGCUGCUACUUACCUUCCACCCUUUUCUCAGCAGCAGCAGCAGCAGCAGCAGAACAGGAUGCUGCAGCAGCUGCAGCAGCAGCAGCAGCAGCAGCAGCGAGUUCCAGACAGAGACCCCUUUGAGGAGCAGACGCAGAACUUCUUAGAGAAGCUGCAGGGGCUUGCGCUGCCAGGCAGCAGCAAAAGCAGCAGCAGCAGCAGCGGCAGCAAGAGAAACAGCAGCAGCAGCAGCAGCAACCGGAAGCAGCGCAGCAGCAGGAGGCAGCAGAGCCCCAAGGGAAAUAGCAGCAAUCCGCUGCUAUCGCUGCUGUCUUUCAACAACAGCAACAGCAACAGCAGCAACAGCAGCAGCAGCACAACAACAACAACAACGCCGUCACCGCUGCAACAUGCAAGCAAAGUUAUUAAUGAAGUGCUGCAGCUAGGAGGAGGCUUCGUCUCUGUUAUUCUGAAGACCCCAGAGUUUUUUGCUGCUUUAGAAGAGCUGUCGCUGCUGCUGCUGCCGGGGGGGCCCCCUCCUCCUCCUGGAAGCAGCAUGCAAUCUGCUGCUGCUACGGCGCUGCACAUUGUAGAAUUCUUUUCUGAGAUUGAAAGGGUUUUGCUGCUUGCUGCUGAUGUGCAGCAGCAACUGCAGCAGCUACACCAACAAACCGGAGAAGACACGCCUCCGCUGCUGCUGAUGCUGCAGCAGCUGCUGCCCCAAAUCAGCAUCAAGACAAACCUGCAACAGCAACAGCAACAGCAGCAGCAGCAGCAGCAGCAGCAAAAACAGAACCUAUACAGCAAAACUACGAAACCCAAAAUCAGCUUGCUGCAGCAGAAGCAGCACCAGCAUGAAGAGGAACAGCAGCAGGAACAGCAGGAGGAGGAGCAGCAGCAGGAGCAGCAGCAGCAGGAGUUAACUGCUGAAGAUGAAGCAGCAAAGACUGUUAUUGAGUCGCUGCUGUCUGCGAUGGGGGUUGAGGGCGACGCGACUACAGCAGCAGCAGCAGCAGCAGCAGAGGGUUUAAGUAGUGAAGCAGAAUAUGAAGGAGAAGAAGACGAAGAGAGCAGAGGCUGGGGGCCCCCAGUAGCCUUACCUGCAUUACCUUCAUUGGGGGCCCCCUUAACAGAGUGGCUGUCUCUCCUGCAGCAGUUUGUCUUCUUUUCUCGUUCUUGUUUUGCUGCAGCAGCAGCAGCAGUUAGCUUCCUUGAAGCUGCUAUAUCAAAGCUGCAUGUACAAGAGUUGUUAGAGGCUUACAACAAACUGCUGCAGGGAGGGGCCCUAGCCUCCUUCGGUAUAGUAGCAAGGGGGGCCCCCACAGAAGAUAUGGGGGCCCCCUCUGUUCGAUGCAUGCAGCAAGGCAUGACGUGCUGCGUCCCUCUUGCUGCUGCAGCAGGCUGGCAGCAGCAACCUCUCUAUCUCAACAGCAGCAACAGAGCAGAGUGUAGAGCUGCUUUUGUCUCACGCAUAAAUAAUCUGUGUGCUUCUGCUGCUUAUGUUGACUCCCCUUGCAACAUCACCCAAACAUUCAAAGAUACCAGCAGCAGCAGCAGCAGCAGCAGCAGCAGCAGCAAUAGCAACAGCAGCAGCAGCAGCAGCGCAGGAAGAGAAGGAGGAGGGGAAGGCGCCGCUGCAGACAGCAGCGAGGGCCAGGGAAGUAGCAGCAGCGACGAUAUCGCAGCAGGCUCCAGCAGCAGCAGCAGCAGCAGCAGCAACAACAACAGCAACAGCAGCAGCAACAGCAAUGCAAGCGUAGUUGUGUAUACUGCUGCAUUACCGCUGCCUGGGUUUACAGCUGCUGCUGUUUGUCGUUGCGAGCUGUCUGUACAGCCCAACAGCGACGGGUUGCACACCAUAGCAGGCAAUGCAUACUGGAGCGAAGCAGCAGCAGCAGCAACAGCAGCAGCAGCAGCAGCAGCAGACUUCCUCCCUCAAACGCAGCAAACCUGGGAACAGCUAAAAGCCUUCAUUAGAACGGGGGCAGACUUAACAGAAGCCCUCAGCAAACUCUCAGAGCCUAAUGCUACUGCUCUGCAGCGUACAGCACAUCUCUUAACUUUAAUCAAUAAACUACCAGCAGCACAGCAAAGAGGGGCCCCCAGGGGGGCCCCCACCCAGGGGCCCCCUACUGCGGGGGGGGCCCCAUUUCGGGGGUACAUGCAGGGGCCCCCCCAUACCUUUCAGGGGGCCCCCCAUACCCUCCAGGGGGCCCCUACCUUUCAGGGGCCCCUUGGGGGGCCCCCUACGUUAGGGGGGCCCCUUGAGGGGCCCCCACAAGGGCCCCAUUCUCUUCAGGGGGGCCCCCAAGGGCCCCUAGAUCAGGCAAGCCUCCCCCCAUAUCCCCUAAAUGAAGAGCUGCAUAAUAGUAAUAAUAUUAAUAGCCUAUCAGACUCAGGGGCCCCCCAAUUGAUGCAUAAUAAUACUCAACAAACAUUUCAGGGGCCCCUCUUCGUACCCUCAACAUUAGGGGGGCCCCCAACAGGGGGCCCGUAUGAUACCCCACAGAUAUCAGGGGGCCCCUAUGAUACCCCACAGAUAACUGGGGGCCCCUAUGGUGGCCCCCAGAUAACUGGGGGCCCCUACGAUACAUCCUUAUGGGCUGCGGGGGCCCCCCAUAGGGCCCCCUUAGGGGCCCCUAUUGAGGGGCCCCCCCUAGGGGGGCCCCCAAUAGGCGAAUCUCCUGCUGCUGCUAUGUGGGGCAAUGAGAUUAAAGAAGGACCCCUAAUAAACCCUUCAAGUUGGGGGCCCCCCUAUUAA